GGCUGUGGGUGUGUGACUGCUGAAGAUGUCUGGUCGCGGCAAGGGCGGCAAGGGCCUGGGCAAGGGCGGCGCCAAGCGCCACCGCAAGGUGCUGCGCGACAACAUCCAGGGCAUCACCAAGCCCGCCAUCCGCCGCCUGGCGCGCCGCGGCGGCGUCAAGCGCAUCUCGGGGCUCAUCUACGAGGAGACGCGCGGCGUGCUCAAGGUCUUCCUGGAGAACGUCAUCCGCGACGCCGUCACCUACACGGAGCACGCCAAGCGCAAGACGGUCACGGCCAUGGACGUGGUCUACGCGCUCAAGCGCCAGGGACGCACGCUCUACGGCUUCGGCGGCUUUGGCCUUUCGCUCAUUGUGCUUCUUUGCUUAGGCAACUGUGUUUUACAUACUCCAGCGGAUAUGGCUCGCACCAAGCAGACCGCUCGCAAGUCCACCGGCGGCAAGGCCCCGCGCAAGCAGCUGGCCACCAAGGCUGCCCGCAAGAGCGCGCCGGCCACGGGCGGCGUCAAGAAGCCGCACCGCUACCGGCCCGGCACGGUGGCGCUGCGCGAGAUCCGGCGCUACCAGAAGUCGACGGAGCUGCUGAUCCGCAAGCUGCCGUUCCAGCGGCUGGUGCGCGAGAUCGCGCAGGACUUCAAGACGGACCUUCGGUUCCAGAGCUCGGCGGUGAUGGCGCUGCAGGAGGCGUGCGAGGCGUACCUGGUGGGUCUGUUCGAGGACACGAACCUUGCCAUGGCAACCGCAAUGUCUGGUCGCGGCAAGGGCGGCAAGGGCCUGGGCAAGGGCGGCGCCAAGCGCCACCGCAAGGUGCUGCGCGACAACAUCCAGGGCAUCACCAAGCCCGCCAUCCGCCGCCUGGCGCGCCGCGGCGGCGUCAAGCGCAUCUCGGGGCUCAUCUACGAGGAGACGCGCGGCGUGCUCAAGGUCUUCCUGGAGAACGUCAUCCGCGACGCCGUCACCUACACGGAGCACGCCAAGCGCAAGACGGUCACGGCCAUGGACGUGGUCUACGCGCUCAAGCGCCAGGGACGCACGCUCUACGGCUUCGGCGGCUGAGCUGCUCCCUUCCUUCACUGCCUUUAGAAGAUUGUUCACACAAAGGCCCUUUUCAGGGCCUGCCAAGUUUUCAUGUGAAAGAGCCGUUCACACUUCUAACUGGGGCUUUUC